GUAAAUUGAAUAUCAACUUUAUUUGACUUGCAAAGUGAAUACGAUAUAAUAUCAUUCCUAUGUUUGCGUUACUAAAUAAUGUGAUAGAAUAUGAUAACAUUUAGAUCAUAUUCAAAGAGUGCAGUAGUAACUAAACGUCAUGGGUGUUUUGAAUAGAUUUGUGUUGAAAUCAAACAGACCAUUUAUUCGUUUUUCGGCAAAUAUUGUUAGAGCUAAUUCAACAAAUACAAAAGGAUUGUUAGAUGACAUCAAUGUGUUGGAUUUAACGAGAGUCGUUGCUGGUCCUUUUUGUACUAUGACACUUGGAGACCUGGGAGCAAAAGUUAUUAAGAUAGAAAGUCUCGAUGGCGACGAGGCAAGAAAAUGGGGACCGCCAUUCAUAAAUGGCAAUAAAGAUUCAUAUUAUUAUCUCUGUGUAAACAGGAACAAGUAUAGUGUUUGCAUUGAUUUAAAAACAUUUGAAGGAAAGAACAUUAUCUAUGAUCUCGCUAAAAAAUGUGAUGUUGUUGUGGAAAACUAUCUACCCGGAAAACUGGACAAGUUGGGAGUGGGGUAUGAGAAGUUAAGUGAAAUCAAUCCUAGGUUGAUAUAUUGUGCAGUAACUGGGUUUGGGCCUACAGGACCUUAUGCUAAUAGACCAGGCUAUGAUGUGCUUGCAGCAGCCAUGGGUGGACUUAUGAAUUGUACAGGUGAUAGAAAUGGAAGACCGGCCAAAGUCGGUGUUGCUAUAACAGAUGUUACAACCGGCUUGCAUGCUUUCGGUGCCAUCAUGACAGCUUUACACUAUAGAAGUAAAACAGGGAGAGGACAGAAGAUAGAUUGUAACUUAUUAUCAACACAAAUAUCAAGCAUGAUAAAUAUAGCGACAAUAAGUUUAAAUUGUGGAAUAGAAGGGCAAAGAUGGGGAACAGCACAUGCAAACUUAGUGCCAUAUCAAACAUUUCAAACAAAUGAUGGCGAAAUUGUGAUUGGCACUGGAUCUAAUCCACAGUUUGCCGAUUUCUGUAAAAGAAUUAACAGAGAGGAAUUGCUUAGCGACCCUCGUUUUAAAGAUAAUUCAUCACGUGUAAAAAAUAGAGAUGAUCUUAUUAAGAUAAUUAGUGACAUAAUAGUAAAAAAGUCAAAAAAAGAAUGGGCUGAGAUUUUUAAGACUGCAUCCUUCCCGAAUGGACCUGUUAAUACCAUGAAAGAAGUGUUUGAAGAUGAACAUGUGAAGGCCAUUAAAUUAGUUAAAGAAAUGCCACAUCCUGAUGCAGGCUCAAUAAAAAUGGUUGGACCACCUACAGUAUACUCGGAGGGGGGUAACGAAGUAAGAUUACCACCACCCACUAUAGGACAGCAUACUCAUGAAAUAUUAUCAAAUUUUCUUGGUUAUCAAAAUGAUAAAAUCGAGAGACUUAUGGAGAAUAAAGUUAUCAGAUAACUUAUUGUAUACUUAUAGCAAUAAGAUAUAAAAUGAAAACAAAUAUGUAUUUAAGUGAAGAGCGAUAAAAAUUUUUAGAGAUAGUUUUAUCUGACUGAACUACUGUUAUCUUGUUUUGAUGUAGUGUUUUGUAAAGUUAACUUUAAUCUUGAAUUGUUUUCAUUAUGUUUAUUGAUUUUUAAAUGAAUAUAAAAUUAUUUUGGGUUCUUUAUAAAAUAAUAUAUUAUUUUUAGUAAUAGCUGUUAGGAAAACAUUUUUCGAAUUUUUUAUCUGCUUUUGUGUGGUUCAUGUAGACACCUCUAAUGAGAGGGGAGAAUGGGAAUAAAAUUGAUCCACACAAUUAAAAAUUUAGAAAAUUCAUAACCAUGCUGUGCUUUAAGCACAGUGAUUGCAUAGCACUGAGAAAAUUAGACUAAGUCACAGUUUGUUUUACAAUCAAUUACAAUUUUAUGCAGUAUAA